AUAAUGUGUCUUCAAUUGGAACAUACUGCUAUAUGUGUAUCAUUUUUUAUAAUUUUAUUCAUUAAUCUAUUUUUAUCAAAUUGACCAUGUUGAGGAAGUAGGUGGUCAAGUAAUUUAGUCGAAUAUCUCACGUGUACUCACUUCACCAACCUCAUCAUAUGAUAAUUAGUGUGUUCAAAUGUCUUUUUCUUUUACGCACUUCGCAUAAGAAUAGUAAUUAACCAAAUAUACAUUUAAUUUCAUAUGGAUCUGUGUGAUACGUGUUUAGUUUAAAUUUGAUGUUUUUUCUGCAAAUCCGUCUUAAAUUUGAAGUGCCUUCAUUAGUUUUGGUUUUGAUUUCUUGGAUUUUUUUUUGUUUACUCAUGAAUGGCUGUGAGGAAUAAAUAAAUUAGGUAGAAGAAGAACUUUACAACAGAAAACAGAAAGAGCAGAGUUUCUCAUGGACACGAACACAACCGAAAAAGCAGCAGUAGUUAGUAACUUAGUAUGUCACACAAGAAGCAUUGGUCUCUUCUUCUGUUUUAGCAUUUCACCACUUCAAAUAAACGAAUUAUAAACCCAACUCACUGGUACUAAAAACAUGGGACUCCACCCUGUCUCCGAGGCCAACGCUUCAAGCCCCUUCGGCUCUCUCUCCGCCGCCGAAUUCUACUCCCUCCAUUCCGUCGCCCACUCCUCCGCCUACAUCACCAACCCAACCGGUCUCAAACUCUUCACCCAAUGGUGGACCCCUCUCCACCGUCCACCACUCGGCCUCAUCGCCGUCGUCCACGGCUUCACCGGCGAGUCCAGCUGGUUCCUCCAACUAACCUCCGUCCUCUUCGCCAAGUCAGGGUUCCUCACUUGCGCCAUCGACCACCAAGGCCACGGCUUCUCCGACGGGCUAACCGCUCACAUCCCCAACAUCAACCUCAUCGUCGACGACUGCAUCUCCUUCUUCGACGACUUCCGUAGCCGUCACGCUUCCUCCUCCUCCCUACCUUCCUUCCUCUACUCCGAGUCCCUCGGCGGCGCGAUAGCUCUCUACAUCACCCUCCGCCAGAAAUCAAAAUGGAACGGUCUCAUCCUCAGCGGCGCCAUGUGCUCCAUCAGCCACAAGUUCAAGCCCCCGUGGCCGUUACAACACCUCUUAACCCUCGCCGCUACUCUCAUCCCCACAUGGCGCGUCGUACCAACUCGCGGCACCAUCGCCGGAGUCUCUUUCAAGGAGCCCUGGAAACGGAAGCUAGCCUUUGCUAACCCUAACAGAACAGUCGGUAAACCACGCGCCGCAACGGCCUACGAGCUAGUAAGAGUCUGCGAGGAUCUUCAAAGCAGGUUCGAAGAAGUAGAAGUUCCCUUGAUGAUAGUACACGGUGGAGACGACGUCGUUUGCGAUCCUUCCUCGGUCGAGGAGCUUUACAUGAGAUGUAAGAGCAGAGACAAGACGAUAAAGAUCUAUCCAGGGAUGUGGCAUCAGCUGAUUGGUGAGUCUGAGGAGAACGUCGACUUUGUGUUCGGUGAUGUUUUGGAAUGGAUCAAGAACCGAUCUCAAAACGACGCCGUUAGCAAUGGUAGCAAAGCGUAAAAAAACGAUUUAGCUUUCAUAUAUAAAUAAAACGCUCCGAGAAUGUUGU